AUUAGCCACAUGAUGUCGCUGUAUACCACAAAGUCUUGUCACCAAAAACUAAAGGAGGAAGCUCCAUUUUGUCACAGCCUGAGAGAAGACAAAAACGGCCGGGAGAUAUAUUAUUCAAGAUAUAAAGUAAAGAGAGUAUGACUUUGAAGUGAGAGAGCGGUACCAAAUUUUUAGUGGUUUUGCGAUGCUGUUUCCUAGGCAAGGAGGCAAGGGAGCCCUGCGUUUGUUGCUCUCCGUUCUGCUCCUCGCAGCCUGGAAGACUGGGAGUGGUCAGGUCCACUACUCGGUCGCCGAGGAGGCCAAACACGGCACCUUCGUGGGCCGCAUCGCCCAAGACUUGGGGCUGGAGCUGGCAGAGCUGGUGCCGCGCCUUUUCCGGGUGGCGUCCAAAGGCCACGGGGACCUUCUGGAGGUAAAUCUGCAGAAUGGCAUUUUGUUUGUGAAUUCUCGGAUCGACCGGGAGGAGCUGUGCAGGCGGAGCGCGGAGUGCAGCCUCCACCUGGAGGUGAUCGUGGACAGGCCGCUGCAGGUUUUCCAUGUGGUGGUGGAGGUGAAGGACAUUAAUGAUAACCCACCGGUUUUCAGAGCAAGAGAACAAAGGUUAUUUAUUCCUGAAUCUAGACUGGUGGAUUCACGUUUCCCGAUAGAGGGCGCUGCUGAUGAGGACAUUGGUACCAACGCUCUUCUAACUUACACCCUCAGCCCCAGCGAUUAUUUCUCUUUGGAUGUACAGGCAAGUGAUGAACUCAGUAAGUCACUUUCACUUGAAUUGAGGAAAUCUUUGGAUAGAGAAGAAACAUCAGAACUUCAUUUAUUAUUGACAGCCACUGAUGGGGGCAAACCAGAGCUGGAAGGUACAGUUCAGCUGCUGAUCACAGUGCUGGACGUUAAUGAUAAUGCCCCAUUGUUUGCCCAGGCUGUGUACAGAGUCCAUUUAUUAGAAAGUACAGCAAAUGGAACAUUAGUGACUACAUUAAACGCCUCUGAUGCCGAUGAAGGUGUAAAUGGAGAAAUUGUUUUUUCCUUUGGCAGUGAUGUUCCUCUAAACAUUCAAAAAAACUUCAAAAUUGAUUCCAACUCAGGAGAAAUUAGGCUAAUUGGUAGACUGGAUUAUGAAGAAACAAAAUCCUAUGAAAUUCAGGUAAAAGCAGUUGAUAAAGGAAAUCCUCCAAUGUCGAAUCACUGCAAGGUUUUAGUGAAAGUGCUGGAUGUAAAUGACAAUGCUCCACAACUGGCAAUCACACCUCUGUCUUUGCCGGUCAGAGAGGACACUCCACUUGGCACCGUCAUCGCCUUUGUCUCCGUGUCCGACCGUGACUCCGGUGUCUAUGGGCAGGUGACCUGCUCUCUGAUGCCUCACAUCCCCUUCAAGCUGGUGUCCACCUUCAAGAAUUACUAUUCGCUGCUCGCCUCCCCUCAGGGAAAUCCCCUGGUUGUAGGGUGCAAGACGAAAUCUGGAGAUAUUUUUUGUAGCUCGGAGAUGUUUUUCAUAGAACUGAUCAAUAUCCCUAUUUCCCUUCAGGGGACCCGCCUAAAAACGAAAUUGGAGAACCCGCCACCGCCUGGCGGUUUUUCUGGGAGUUCCGCUCUCCUCGCGGGCACUGUAGGGGUUCUGGAGGUCCGAGCGCCCGGCACUAGACGUUCCGCGGUCAAACAGUGGCGGCGCUGCGCUCCUCCGCACCGGCAGCUCCGCUUCCCCAGACGGCUGCCAAAGCUCCAGUCCGGCGAGCAGUGCUUCCAGCCCGCCAGCCCCCGGCAAUUCCAGUAUAUUCAGGAGGCCGAACGUCGGCGAUCUGUGUCCCUCUAG